GCCCUGCCACCUCCUCAAAAUAUCAAAACAUAACCAGCUUCCCCCCGCCUCUCUUGAGGCUUCACGGAGGAUUGUUCAAUCCACUUUGAUUCAUUCUUGCCAGCAGGUCUGACCGUCUUUUUCAUCCCCGGUCUCCCGCUUCCUUCUCACACAUUCACCGGACAGAUCCUCCUCCUCUUCCGCUGCCGCCGCCGCCGCCCUCUCCGAUUGCACAAUGGGCAAAUACAACCUCACAGCGCUCCGCGUGCGCGAAAAAGCCUUGCUCCAGAAGGAGGUCAACCAGAUCGUAAAAUUACCUAUCUGGGCCGAUGUUAUCGGCGAUAUUCCUCCCGCUCAAGUCCUCGUCCGAAAUCAAGCACACCAACAUCAAUUGAUCCGCCAGCGCCACAAGUGGGUCAGACUUAGCGACGGUAAUAUGGCGAAGCGCUACGCUCUAGAAGUUCAAGAAAAGAAGACGAAGCCGAAGAAGGCGAGCCGCAUGUUUCUACCCACCGAGAUCAAAUACGAGGAGGAUCAGCUGCGCAAAGAAUUCUUCAAGGACCAUCCUUGGGAAUUGGCUAGGCCCCGAGUGAUCCUCGAAACCACCGGCAAGGACUGGGUCAACCACGACUGGAGCCGGCUCCAGCAGCCAGGAAAGAGGUUGGAUGGUGAGAGUGUCGUUCAGCGCCAACUCUGGCUUCUGAACAAUGUUUUCGGCAUGACCAAAAGCGCCGCUUACGACAUUGCUCGUCGCGAAUUCUAUCAACUCCGUCUGCGUGAGGAUAUCGAACGCCGAGUUGCGGCAGAGGAAGCCGAAGCUACUGGUGCUGUCUUUGGACCUACGCAGCUGGAGGUUGGUAUGAAACUCGAGAACCAAGAGUUUGAGCGCUGGAAGGUCUGGGCCAGGGAUGAAGCUCAGAUCCUGGACGCGAAACACGCAGCAAUGGCCGGUCCUGUAGUACCAGACAAUGAGGACUCCGUGAGCGUAGGAGAAGAAGAUCCUGCGGAUGAAAGCGCGCUUGAGUAGAGGAGUCAGUAGAGAUGUAUUGGAAUCGGGUAAGGAGGGGAGAGAAAUUAUUGGGAUAUUUUCAUGUACACUACGGGACUGUUGAGAUCUUUGGGGGGGGUUUAAUUUGCUUGUACUGUUAUAUAAAGUUUUAUACUUCUUUUGUUAUUGCAUUCAAUCU